UGCUUUGAAUCGAUGAUAUUGCAAUCGCCUCUAUCUGGCAGCCUUGCUGAUCCCAGCUAAUGUUCCCUUACACAUAAAGCCGAUUUUUCAAUCACCCUCCCACUACAGCACGCGAUAUGGUUAGCGAAUGCUCAGGGUGGCAUGAUAAAAAACUUUCUGAUUUAUCUUUUCGAGACGAUUUUCAACUGCGCGCUGGCAUCCUUCUUAUCUCCGAAAUUGGCCUAGUGACCUUUGUUCUUGCGUCCUCCCUGCUCGUGUAUUCUUUGAGACAAGUGCGCAAGAAGCGUCGCGAGUCCAGAAACCGUGUACCAGGCUCCGGCGUUGAGCCUCAGCUUCAGCCCAUAUCUGUAUUGUUUCUGUGCGCUAUCUUCACGGACACAAUUCAUGGGAUAUCGAAUACGUUAUCCAUCAAAUGGGCUUAUGCUGGAAAAGUCACCGAGGGUUCGUACUGUACGGCGCAAGGGGUGUUGAGACAGAUCGGGUAUUUGGGCGUGGGGUGGUACACCAUUGCAAUUGCAGUGUUGACUUACCUUCAAGUCUUCCAUUCAAAAUGGCUAGGGACGAGAGGUGCAAGGAUUUUCGUCGCGGGAUCUAUUUGCUUCAUUACCACUUUCACCGCUUUAAUCACUGCAGUCCCUGCUGCCGUCAUUCGCUCAUAUUAUGGUAGUACAGGAUUGUGGUGCUCAAUCUCGGCCGAUCACUGGAAGGCGCGAGUAGGAACUAUACAUGCCUCGUUAAUACUGGCCGCCCUGGUGACAAUUCUUGCAUACGGGAUGGUAGUGUACAAGUGGGUACGUCAAGCAUCUUUUGAUGCUGAUCGUGUCUUGAGACGGGAUGCAUUUGCCAUGGGUUGGUAUCCUGUCGUGGCUCUCCGUCAACCCCAUAACCCAACACUCGCUUCUUCCGCCCUUUUUUCAUCGUGGGGGGCUCUUAACGUGAUCUUGUGGUGCUUCACAGGAAGACAUUUCGGAUUCUCCCAAAAAACCUCAAGCUCAGAUUCCCGACCCCCCGUAGAUGUGGAGAUGGCCGUACGGUCUUAGCUGACCCACUUAGAGGUCUGGUAUUGACCAUAUGUACUGAGUUCGGAUUGGAUGAAAUCAUUACGUACAUUUUUCUAAGCUUCCACUGUCGUCAAAAAUGAGGCAGCGAAAGAAGUGA